AUGUCAUCGUCGUUCACCGCUGGCGAGCCGUCGAUGUCCGCCUCCACCAUCGUUGCCGACACGGCAAGGGGCUGCCACAUCCUCAAGAUCGACGGCUAUUCGAGCACCAAGGUGAACCCCAAUGGCGAGGCCAUCAAAUCCGGCCAGUUCACCGUGGGCGGCUACCGCUGGCGCAUCACGUACUACCCCAACGGCCGUACCCCCGACUCGGCGGACUACAUAUCCCUUUACCUGGAACUCGACGAGACGGACACCAAGUCCAUCAAGGCAAAGUUCCAGAUCCGUUUCGCCAGCCUCGUUACCAGGCAGCCGUCGCUGAAAUCGGCAGCUGCGCACACCAUGACGACAGACAACGGGCGUGGAUACCCGAAGUUCGUCAAGAGGGAGGACCUGGAGAAAUCGGAGCACCUCAAGGACGACGCCUUCACGGUCAGGUGCGACAUCGUCGUCUUCAACGACUUCCGCACCGAGGCGACGCCCGUCGCCAACCAGUUCGUCACCGUGCCGCAGUCCGACCUGAAGCAGCACCUCGGUGACCUCCUCAAGGGCGAGAAGGGCGCGGACGUCGUGUUCAGCGUCGGCGGCGAGACCUUCGCCGCGCACCGGUGCGUGCUCGCUGCCCGGUCCCCGGUCUUCAGCGCGGAGCUUCUCGGCGCGAUGAAGGAGGGCGGCAGCGGGAGCGUCGUGCGCGUAGACGACAUGGAGGCGCAGGUGUUCAAGGCGCUGCUCUGCUUCGUGUACACGGACUCCUUGCCGGAGACAGAGGAUGAAGGCGCUGCCAUGUUCCAGCAUCUACUUGUUGCGGCCGACAGGUACAACAUGGAGAGGCUGAGGCUGAUUUGCGAAGAAAAGCUUUGCAACCAUAUUGAUGUGCACACGGUGGCCACCAUUCUUGUGCUGGCCGAGCAGCACCGCUGCGACGGGCUCAAGAGAGCAUGCUUCGCUUUUCUCAGCUCCCCGGUGCAUCUCAUGGCAGUCGUGAUCACCGCCGGUUUCGUGCAUCUAAAAAUUAGCUGCCCCGCCGUUGCAAUGGAGCUCAUUGCUAGAUGCUUGGCACCUUUGGGGACCUCCGUUACACUUCGUAUGGCAGCACCCAACGGGACCAAGCGGGCUCGGGUUGAUGAAACAGGGGAACUGCUACGGCGUGCUUCUUAG